AUGGACGGCUUCUACGACCAGCAGGUCCCGUUCAUGGUCCCGCCCAGCUCUCAUGUGGAGGAACACGGCAGGGUCUACAAUGACAGGAAGAGGAAGUUUGUAGACACUGAGCUCGCCCAGGACACGGAAGAACUCUUCCAAGAUCUCAGUCAGCUGCAGGAUAUCUGGAUUGCAGAGGCCCAGGUGCCAGAUGAUGAGCAGUUCGUGCCAGACUUCCAGUCAGAUAGCUUGAUGUUUCAUGGACCGCCACUAACCAAGAUCAAACGUGAGCUCACUCCCUCCAAAGAGCUGUCCCCUUGUCACCAGGAUAGGAGUCCCAUGCCCUAUGGAGAGAAGUGCCUUUACAGUUACAGUGCCUGCGACAGGAAUUCCACUCCUGGCUUCAAACCAUUAACCCCUCCCUCCACGCCAGUGUCUCCAUGUGGGUCCACCAGCACAGCUGGAGCACGCACCCUCAACGAACCAAGUCCUCCCCCAUCUACCAAUGUAACCAGCCUGAACCAUGGAGCAAGGCCGGUGCAUGUUCCGCAGCAGCAACAGCCCCUCACACAGAGUGCGGGCCUGCGAAACCAGCCGCCACUAUCUGUCCACAGCCCACCGUUUGCCGUGCCGUGUGCUGUAAUCGGUCAGGAUGCCAAUAACUUCCCACCAGAGCACAGGUUCCAAAGGCAGUUGUCAGAACCAUUGCUACCUUUUCCCCCGUCAGAGAGUCAAGGGCGGCCACACUUCUUGCCCCAGCUGGCGAACAACAACGGUCGGCCACUGUACCAUCGGCAAAUGUCCGAACCACUCGUGGCCGUACCGCCGCGUUGCUUCAAACAAGAACUCAUUGACCCGAGAUACACAGAGCAGGGCGUUCCCAGCGUAGGCCCGCCAGCUCCCUCGCAGCAGGCGUCGUUUCACCCCGCAGCCAUCAAGCAGGAACCCCGCGACUUCUGUUUCGAUUCCGAGGUGCCCAACUGUCACUCAUCCUUUGGGAGAGCGGGGAGCUACUACCAAAAUAACCAUGAAAGCUUCCCCUUCGACAGAGAUCCCCAACUCUACUUUGACGAUACCUGUGUUGUCCCUGAAAGAUUGGAAGGAAAGGUAAAGCAGGAGCCCUCCAUCUAUCGAGACGGGCCCCCAUACCAGCGCCGUGGCUCGCUGCAACUCUGGCAGUUCCUGGUCACUUUGCUGGACGAUCCAGCCAAUGGACACUUUAUUGCCUGGACAGGCCGGGGAAUGGAAUUCAAGCUCAUUGAACCUGAAGAGGUGGCUCGCCGCUGGGGCAUCCAGAAGAACAGACCGGCCAUGAACUACGACAAGCUGAGCCGCUCACUGCGUUACUACUAUGAGAAGGGCAUCAUGCAGAAGGUAAAGGUGGCCGGAGAGCGGUACGUGUACAAGUUUGUGUGUGACCCCGAGGCCCUCUUCUCCAUGGCCUUCCCUGAUAACCAGAAGCCAAACCUGAAGGUCGACAUGGACAGCCUGCCCAGCCUAGACGAUGACACUGUGCCCCUCACUCACUAUGAGGAGAACGCUACCUACUUGCUGGACAGCGGAGAUCAUUGCGUUGCUGGCUUGCCCUUCCCUGACAGUUGCAGCUACUGA